GUUUCUUUUUCUCUCUCUCUUCUUCUCAAGCAAGGGAUUCCAAUUCUGGUAGCAAUGUAUUGAAGAAAGAGAGGGUUAGAAAAUGGCGAGUAGCGGAAAAGGGGAGAAGAUAUUGGUUUCGGUAAGGGUAAGGCCGCAGAACGAGAAAGAGAAGGCGAGGAAUGAUAUUUGCGAUUGGGAAUGUGUAAACAACACAACAAUAAUAUGCAAUAAUAAUUUGCCUGAGAGAUCUCUCUUCCCCUCUACCUAUACAUUUGAUAAAGUGUUUGGAUUCGAUUCCCCCACGAAACAAGUCUAUGAAGAUGGAGCAAAGGAGGUUGCUCUUUGUGUUCUCGGCGGAAUCAAUUCAAGCAUUUUCGCAUAUGGACAAACAAGCAGUGGGAAGACGUACACAAUGUGUGGCAUCACUAAAUUUGCAAUGGACGACAUUUUUUGUUACAUUCAAAAGCAUACAGAUCGCAAAUUCACUCUGAAAUUCUCUGCAAUUGAGAUUUACAAUGAAGCUGUGAGGGAUCUCCUAAGUGGGGAUAAUAAUCAACUGAGGCUUCUCGAUGAUCCAGAGAGAGGAACCGUCGUUGAGAAACUUAUCGAGGAGACCAUCCGAGACAGAACACAUCUAGAGGAACUUCUUACAGUCUGUGAGACUCAGAGGAAGAUUGGAGAGACCUCCCUGAAUGAAGUUAGCUCUAGAUCACAUCAAAUACUCCGGCUGACAAUUGAAAGCACUGGUCGAGAAUAUUCUCCUGAUAGCUCAAGCACUCUUGCAGCGUCCGUGUGCUUCAUUGAUCUGGCUGGAAGUGAACGAGCUUCUCAGACUUUAUCUGCUGGUACAAGAUUGAAAGAAGGUUGUCAUAUAAACAGGAGUUUACUUACUCUUGGAACAGUCAUCCGCAAACUAAGUAAAGGUAAAAACGGGCACAUACCGUAUCGAGACUCAAAGCUAACUCGAAUCCUUCAGAACUCUUUGGGAGGAAAUGCGAGAACAGCUAUCAUAUGCACAAUGAGCCCUGCACGUAGUCAUGUUGAACAGUCGAGAAACACCCUUCUCUUUGCAAUCUGUGCUAAAGAGGUGACGACAAAUGCUCAGGUCAAUCUGGUUGUGUCUGAGAAAGCUUUGGUGAGGCAACUGCAAAAAGAACUGGCUCGAAUGGAGAAUGAGUUAAAGAAUCUAGGAUCAGCUUCUGGAGACUCUGACUUCUAUUCUCUGCUGAAACAGAAAGAGGAAGUGAUUGCAAAAAUGGAGGAACAAAUGAAAGAAUUAAAAUGGCAACGUGAUGUAGCUCAAUCCCAGGUGGAGAAUUUACUUAAAUCAACAGCAGAAGAGCGGUCUUCUAGGAUGGAUGAACAAUCCAUGUUUAGCUCCAUGGAUUUUGAUGCCGAUUUCCGAAGAAGAAGCUAUGAUUCAACAGAUCUUGGAGAUCCUAGUAUCAUCAAUAACUUAACCGAGAGGAACUUUGAGUUUUUGGAAAAUUCUGAAGAAGAUGAUUUCCUGCUAGAUGAUAAAACCCCUCAAUUUUCGAGGCAUAACCUGUACGAUGGCUGGGAGGAGUUGGUUCAAAUAACCGACGAAAGACUUGAAGACGCAUGCAAAGAAGUUAGAUGCAUUGAACCUGAAGCUGAGCAGAGUAUUAGACAACCAGCAACAGUUGAAAUCCAUGACUUAUUAGAUGUCAUUGUUGAUAAGAGAGCUAUCUCUGAGGUUCUCUCACCUAGAAAGGAAGAAAGUUUAUUAGCUCUAGAAUACGAACAAAGCUAUAACUCUUCUACAGGUAAUGACAAAACCGAGAAUGAAGACAUGGAGAUUAGCACACCUGGAAUCGAAGAAACUCUAUCAGCUCUGGAAUACGAAAUAAGCUAUAACUCUUCUACAGGUGAAGAGAAAGCCGAGAAUGAAGAAGACAUGGAGAUUAGAACACCUUCAGAAAAUGAAAAGGAAACUGUUGACUCACCAAGAAAGGAAGAAAUUUUAUCAGCUCCGGAACACGAACAAAGCUAUAACUCUUCUACAGGUAAUGAGGAAGCCGAGAAUGAAGUCAUGGAGAUUAUUAGCACACCUAGAAAGGAAGAACAGUUAUCAGCUCUGGAAUACGAACAGAGCUUUAACUCUUCUACAGGUAAUGAGAAAGCCGAGAAUGAAGACAUAGAGAUAAGCACACCUACAGAAACGGAAAAUGUUAACUUAUCUUUGAAAACAAUAGAUGUAGAGUUGUGUGGGAAUGCUAAGCCUGAGACAUAUGAGCUAACUUUAAAGAACUCGGAUUUGGAGAUGGACCCAUCAGUUGAAGCUGAAGAAUCACAGGAAUCUGUGAAAGAAGACGAACAAAUGAAGAACGAAGAAAGGAAAAUGAGUCCUUCCACUAAGCAAGCUGAGCAAUGCUUAAAUAAAGAAGAAAAUGCUCAGUCAGAACAGCAAUCAACGGAAGACUGUGAAUUGAAUUCACUCCCUAUUAAUAACCAAUUAGAUGCGACAGUCGAAGUGGAUUUAACACUCAAGGAUGCUAAGUUAGAUGAGGAUGCGACAUCUGGAGAUAAGUGGGAGAGAAAACAGCAACAAGAGGCUGAUAAAGAUUGUAACGAAUCAUCAGUCUGCAAAAAUAUUGGGACAGAUGAUAAUGACAACGACACUUACAUGGCUUUGAAAGAAAAAGUUAAGGAGAUGCAGAAGAAAAUUGAAUACCUUAUGAGCAUGCACACAGCAGAACAACAACAGUCACCCUCCUUCAGAAGAGAAUAUAUGAGCCCAGAAUGUUUUACUACCAAAAGAAGCCGAAGUUGCAGAGAGACUCUCUUGAGUGUUAGAUCUCCUCAUUGGUUUGAGAAUUUGGAAGGCAAUAACAAUACAUCACCUGCUUGGAGGGUUAUGCAGACAAAAGCUUCUCCUGGAAGACCCAACACUUCGAGCAUUUCCUUUGAUUCGGGGAGUUCUACUUCUAUGGAUACACGUAGCCUGAAAGACUAUGAUCCUGAGAUGGGUAAUAGCUUCCGUGAAUUUGUAGCCGGGCUUGAAGAAAUGGCAAAGAAGCAUCACUCAAUUGACUCGACACCGGAGCUAGAUUAUGGGAUUCCAUAUGCCCCCACAAGAACCGAAAGAUUGGAGAUCAGACCGGGCAGCCCUGCAAAUAGCAUUAGAGGAAACGAGAAUGCAUUGCCAAAUCCUCAGGAAACCACAGAUGCCACCAAUAAUCAAUCAAAGAGAGAGCAGGCCGAUGAUUCGGUAGAAGAAGCAAAACCUAAGGAAACAGAUUCCACAGAGGCUUCCCAGGAGAAACUACAGGUAGCUGCUAAUGGAGAAUAUUCAAGCAUUUCUUCAGACUUUGAGAGGCAGCAAAGGCAAAUAAUAGAGCUUUGGGCGGUUUGCAAUGUACCACUGGUUCAUAGAACCUACUUCUUCUUGCUCUUCAAAGGUGAUCCUUCCGACUAUGUUUAUAUGGAAGUCGAACUUAGAAGGCUAUCUUUUCUGAAGCAGACGAUAUCUAAUGACAUGGAAGCAUCAAGGAUACAAACAGUGAAGGCACUCACACGCGAGAAGGAAUGGCUUUCCAAACAAUUACCAAAGAAGUUUCCAUGGAGCCAAAGAAUAGAGCUUUACCAAAAAUGGGGCGUGGAGGUGAACUCAAAGCAGAGAAGCCUGCAAGUGGCGCACAAGCUGUGGACCAACACCCAAGAUAUGGAACACAUAAAAGAAAGUGCUUCUCUUGUGGCUAAGCUGCUUGGAUUUGUUGAGCCAAGUCGAAUGCCAAAGGAAAUGUUUGGCCUCAGCUUGUUACCUAGAACCGAGAACGUAAAAUCAUCUGGCUGGAGAUUUACCAAAUCAUUCUCUGGUAUACGCUUGACCAGAUGAUAAUCAGAGCACAUUUAUAGAACAUAAACCAAACAUAAGUCUCCAAACUGAUCGUUUAAGUUGUGAAAGGCUUGAAUGUAAGAUAAGUCAAGUUCUGCUUGUACCUGAUUGCGAAAGAAUCCCAAAUUGUAGCCCUUAUGUUAUAGUUUA